AUGUCUUCUAGUUCUAAACGCCCUGGUAGGAAGUAUGAAUCUGGGUAUGAAAAACGUACAAAGAAGAAAAAAGCUGAAAAUCUUAUUCAUUCUCUGAAGGGGUCUCUUGAUAACUUUGUUGUGAAAGAACCACAAGUUUCUUCCGAAAAUCAGAAUAUAGAGGCUGAUGUUGAUGAUAAUGUUGACAACAUUCAGGUUGAGAAUACUAAUCCUGAUGAGGCUAACCUUCAUGGAAAUGUCGUUGGCGCUAGUGUUAAUGAAAACAUGGAUAGUUCACCUGAUAAGAAUAACAUGGAUGCAUCUUCCGAUGGUAAUGCUUCUUUCCGGCCAGAUAUAUAUGAUCCAAGGAAUUGGGAUGCCCUUGACUCAAAAGCGAUUGACAUCUUGGUAGAAAAGGGUCCCAAAAGAGAUUUAACUAUAAAAAAAGGCCGGAAGGAUAAAAAUAAAAGAUGCUUUUCUUUGAUAUUUUACACAAGAGUUCUACUAAAUGGAGAGAAGUUUAGCAUUAGAAUUAGAGAGCACGAAACAAGUGCCGAACAUGUUCUGAAUAUGGUCACUUGGUAUGAUUUGCGACUACGGUUGCAAAAGCAUCAAACUAUUAAUUGUGUAGCGCAGCGACAACUUGAGAAAGAAAAGGACCAUUGGAGAAAGGUUCUAUUUAGAAUUCUUUUGAUGGUAAAAUUUCUUGCGAAACACAAUCUUGCAUUUCGUGGUACUAACUCGACAUUGUAUCAAGAUAAUAAUGGAAAUUUCUUAGGCUUGGUUGAAAUGCUAGCUGAGUUCGACCCAAUUAUUCAGGAGCAUGUUAGGCGCAUAACAAACAAUGGAACUCAUGUUCAUUACCUUGGUCAUGGGAUACAAAAUGAGUUAAUACAUUUGCUUGCUUCUGCAAUUAAGUCAGAGAUAAUUAAAAAAAUAAAAGAAGCAAAGUAUUUUUCCGUGAUACUUGAUUGUACCCCUGAUGCGAGCCACCAAGAACAAAUGUCUCUGAUAAUACGAUAUGUCAAUGCUUCUUCGACUUUUGUUUCCAUUGAGGAAUCAUUUUUAGGAUUUUUGGAUGGGAAUGAUACAACUGGGCAAGGGCUUUUUGAUGUUUUGCAGGAAGAACUACGGAAUCUUGACCUGGAUCUAGAUGAUGUGAGAGGACAGAGCUACGAUAAUGGUGCAAAUAUGAAAGGUAAGAAUAAUGGUGUUCAAAGGAAACUUUUGGAUAAAAAUCCUAGAGCUUUUUAUUCAGCAUGUGGUUGUCAUAGUCUUAAUUUGACACUUUGUGACAUGGCAAAAACUUGUGGUAAAGCAAAGGACUUUUUUGGAAUCAUACAACGCAUCUACACAACAUUUGCUAAUUCAACUAAAAAGUGGCAGAUCUUGAAAGAUAAUAUAGAUGAUACAACAGGAUUGACUCUCAGGUCGUUGUCAUCUACUCGCUGGGAGAGUCGAAUGGAUAGUGUUAAAGCUAUAAGAUUUCAGAUUUUGAACAUACGAGAAGCUUUACUGCAAGUAUCUGAUAUUGAUAAUGAUCAAAAAACUAGCAGUGAAGCUAAAUCUCUCGCGAAUAAUGAACUUGGUGAUUUUGAAUUUUUAGUAGCUAUUGUUAUUUGGUAUGAAAUACUGUAUGCCGUCAAUCUGGUCAGCAAGAACUUACAAUCAAAGGAUAUGCUUAUUGAUGUUGCUAUUGAGCAAGUGCAGGGGCUAAUUACCUUUUUUAAUGGGUAUAGAGACACUGGUUUUUGUAAUGCAUUGGAAACAACAAAAGAAAUUGCACUUGAAAUGGAGAUCGAUCCUACAUUUCGUCAAAAGCAUCAAAUUAAAAGAAAGAAACAAUUUGACGAAAACCCAGAUGAUGUGUUAAUUUCUUCACAACCUGCACAUGAAUCAUUUAGGAGAAAAUAUUUUAUUCCUGUUGUUGAUCAGGCUAUCAGUUCACUUACAACAAGAUUUGAGCAAUAUGAAUCAUUCCAAAAGAACUUUGGUUUCUUAUUUACUUCUUAUGCACUAAAAUCAUUGGAUGAGAAGAGCUUAAAAUCUUCUUGUAGUGUUCUUGAGGCUGCACUAAAGAGUGGGGCGAAAUCGGACAUUAAUGGUAGUGAAUUAUAUGUUGAGCUAAAUUUACUUAAAAGUUUCAUUCCAAAUGAUAAUAUGGGGCCGGUUGAUAUCUUGAAAUUUCUUAAACGGUUAGAUUGUUUCCCUAAUGCAACUAUUGCAUAUAGAAUUUUGUUAACUAUUCCAGUGACCGUCGCAUCAGCUGAGAGAAGUUUCUCCAAAUUGAAAUUAUUGAAGUCCUAUCUACGUUCAACAAUGACACAAGAAAGGCUCAGUGGGUUGGCUACUAUAGCAAUUGAAAAUGAUAUACUGGAGGGGGUUGCUUAUGAAGAUCUAAUUGAAGAUUUUGUAUCAAGAAAUGCUCAAAGGAUUGCACGCUUUGGCUAA